AGGAGCACUGGAUCUUAAUGGUUGGGUGCAGUUGUGAUGAGACUACCAACAACCCAACCAACCCAACCACCACCAACUUCUUCUCCCAUUGCCCUCCACUCUGUGUGCCAUUCAAGAGCACAACCAUAUUGACUAAAUACGGGGGACUUCGGGGGUCUAUUGUCACACUUCCUAAUAAAAAUCUACAACCCGUCGAAGUGUUUUUGGGCAUUCCAUACGCAUCGCCACCGACUGGCAAACUGCGUUUCAUGCCUCCGGUGACACCGGCCAUCUGGUCGGGCACUCGCAGUGCACACACAUUAGGCUCUGUUUGUCCGCAAAAAUUAAUUAAUAUAAGCAAUGAAACGGAAUCUCUGAAGACUAUGACAGGCGGUCGACUCAGUAUAUUGAAGCGAUUAUUGCCUACACUUCACAACCAGAGCGAGGACUGUCUGUAUCUAAAUAUCUUCGCACCGGCUAAUGUCAUACUCGAGUUGUCUUUCCCUAUCAUACUCGAGUUGUCUUUCCCUAUUUAUGACUACUCUAGCCUACCAGAGCUGAUAGGAUUCUUACAGAUUCUGAUCCAAACCUUAAAA